AGUAGAACCCUGCAGUCUUCAGUGGGCGCUCAGCAAGGACAUGAGGAACCACUGAGCUUCAGUUGGCGGAAGGAGAAACAGGAAAGCAAAGAGAAUGGAUCAGAAAAGGUAGUGUGUUUGUUUAAUUCAGUGGUGGUGGUUUGUUGCAGUUCUUUUGAGUUGUGGUUAGAAAUUAAUAAUACUACUUUUUGUGUGUUCUUAAAAACGGGGAGAGCAAUAGGAUAUGUUACUGCUGUGUGGUUGCUAGAUCUUCUGUAAGAGGUAUCUCUGCUUCCAGAGGGUGAUAGUAUUGUGUGGAUUAGCAAAAGGCAGAUGGAGGUCUAGAUGUGUGUUUGAUUUUAAUUCUCGGGAACAAUGCGGUGGUGGCCUUUUGUAAAGACAACAUCUCUACUUCUGUUGAAAGCGUAACGCACAGGCACAAGAGAAGGGGCUUAAGGCAGAGCUUGUUUCUCUUCGUUGUUCCUUUUGCCCUUGAGAAAUGUGCUUUAUAUCACAUGCGCUUCACAGAAGUUGUUCUCAAAUGGGUUACGGCAGAUUUGGAUGCCAUUGCAGACCGCACGGAGCACUUCAUACAAAACAACGAACUGCGAGAUAACGGGGGGAAUGUUUGCUGCUGCUUUCAGGUGGUCUAUUUUCGACACGGAGGCCAAUAUCAGGCCCUGGAUUUUGUCAGGUCAGGGGUGGGCUCUGAAGACAUUAUCUGUUUUUUCUGUGUUGACAACAUAUCCUUGUCCCUCCUGGGUACUGGGAUGGCUGCUUGAUAGCGCUGCUAUUUAAAAUACCUAGAUAGGAGAAAUCACGUAAAUGCUCUUACUAUUUUUAAGGAUGCUCACUAAAGUUGCUAGCAAGGCUCAGGGAGUUUGGGGCUGCGGGAUGACAGGUCUGCCAGGGGGACCAGCAGCUCAUGGAAAAGUCUUCACUUGCAUUUAGUACAUCUUCAUUUAACAAAGCCAUGAGUUAAAUAAUAAGAAAAAAUUUGCAAGUAUUAAAUAUUGUGUGCUUGUUCUUUUAUCUAUUUUUAUUAGGUCAACUUUCAGGAUAAGUGUAUUUUUUUUCUAGUGCAUUUGGGAAUGUUUUAAUUAAAUAGGGUUUUUUGUUCACGUUGUUCAGUCAACUUUUUGUCAACUUCUUAAUGUCUCAGCAUGGCAUUUCCCCUUGUUCCUGGACACUGCAGUGCUGGAAGAGCAGAGCAGCUUAACUGCAGAGUUAUUGCUUUGUCUGUACUUGUCAGUUAGUAAUGCACAUCUGCAUAACUGAAAACUGUGGGUUCUAAUGGGCUUUAUUUAUAUUGGAACUUAAAAGCUGAGCAAAAUAAUGCAAACAAAUUAACCGUGAAAAUCUAAGUAAUCAACAGUGAUAAAUAGUGCUUAGUUUUUUAGAGCCAAUCUUGAGAAUUGACUUAAAAAAAUCCCUUCAGGGGUUGUGUGUAAGACUUGGGAUAAAUGUGAUGGAUGAUUUUGGCGGAACAGUUGUUUUCCCUUUGCCUUUGGUCUCCUUGGUAUGGUAGCAGCAUUUCCUUUGCUGGGCAGGGAGGUGGUGAAGGGAAAGGAAUCCCUGUACCCAAUACAGGUGUUUAAUAUGUGUGCGGUUCCCUAAAGACCCACUUGGAAAAUUUCAGCAGGGCUUAAUGCAUGAAUUUAUGUAUUUUCCACUGAGUAUUAAAAUUUAGUAAGGGGAGCUGAUGGUGUUCUUCACUUAUAGUACUGAUUUAAACCUGUAGGGAUAAUUUCUCAGUUAUGGACUUGUUUGAAAAACAGGGAUUACGUUAAAAACUCAAAAUAAAUCUCAAUCUGAUGAUCCCUCUGUUCCUGGAGUGACAAUAUUGAAAAUGUUUUCGUUGUAUUUUGUUUUUGUUAAUAUUAUUUUUUUUUGUUGCAGUCACUCUCGGGAGCAUUAUUCUUGUAUUAAAUACCUGCAGUCCUACUUCUUUUUUUUUAAGUAAACAAUAAUAAUAAAACAGAAUCACACAACCCGGCCAGCCCUUGUUAUGAGUGUUCAUGGUUUUUCCUCUGUGGAUUUGUUAAAUGCUCCUAUAAAAGCGUAUAAAUCUAGCUGUAGAGACUGCUCUGAAACACUGAUUCUGUGGCUUUUCAAGCGUAGAUUAAUUUCCAGUGUCUCCUCGGGCUGCAUAAGUAAAUGUAAAAACAUUUACCUGCUAAAGAGUGUACUGUCUGUUUGUACAUUGGCUUGUAUUUGGUUAAGGAUCUGCCAAAUUGCCAUACAAGGGGAAUUUGAUUUUUCUUAGUGCUGUUCACCUCUCUUGAGUAUGUCACACGCACACAUAGGGGGAAAGCAAGAAAGAAAAAGAAAUACGUGACACAGUGAGAUCCUUUGGUCUCUGUCAUAUCCUCUGUGCAUUUCCACCAGAGAUCUGGAACUUCUUCCUUAAGCCGCCUAUCCUCAGCCAAAAUGUUUGGGCAGUAGGCACAGCUUAGCCCCUAUAGCAUCCUGUGUUUUGUGUUAUUGCUUGUCAUGGUGACUUUUAAUCAUACCAAAAUCAGGCUUUCUGCUCAUCAUGUAUCGCCUGGGUGACACAGCAGAGCACGGGAACAGUGUUGAAUGCGUGAUUGGAGGCACUUUGCUGUCCUUUGCUAAGACCCAUGUUUUUCUAUUUUUUUCAUCUGGACUGAAAGAUAUACCAGCUGCGGUUUUAUAUAUUUUAAGCAGAUUUUACUGCUCAUAUUCACUCUGGAUUUUAAAUAUAAUGUUUCCCUAUAAGUGGAGUGGCAAAGAGAAUACCCCAGCCUUGUUGCUGAUGAGGCAUUAUGCGUCGAAGGCCUGGAGUGACUGCACUGUGAGCUGAACAUCUCAGUUCUGCAAUGACUGCUGCAGGCAACUUGUCUGCAAGCCUGGGAAGGUGAUUCAGCUGUAAAUUGCUCCUUUUCUUAAGACUUCAAAUGUCUCCUUGUUGGGACAGGUGAAUAUCUACGCGUUUCAUCUCAACAGUGGCUUCGGGGUAUAUCAGUGAAAAUGGGAAACAGUGAUCUUUCUUGGGAAUCAUAUGCUUUGGAGCAGUUCUUUACAGUCAACUUUUUUUCCACUGCAUAUUCAUCACAGACUCAUAACUAAACAAAGUAUGCAGUUUCAGAAAUCCUAUUAAAGCAACAAAUGCAUCCCGUCUUACUGCUCCAAACAGUCGCAAGGCGCGUGACCUCUUCCUUGAGGAAACGGGCCAGGGAGUCCCCCACUGAUGUUUAAGCAUAAAAAGUUGUUAAUGUCCAGUGUUAAGCUCCAUUAAGCAGCCUGUAGAAUGAAUAAAUACUGGAAUUCUCAAUGAACUGACUAAAGGAGGAAUGGGAAUUUUGGCUUAACAGAGCAGGAGGAUAAACUUUUGUAUCCAGUAUUGGCUUUGUAUAGUCCUGUAUGAAUAGCUGAUGGGCUUGGGCUUUUCACACUGUUCCACAAGUAGUUCUCAUCAACAGACCUUAAACUCUGGAGCUGUUAUGUUGAUGGAAGUUUGUUUAUAUUAAUGUAUUGGUGUUAAGAGAGAAAGCAAACAAAACUAACCUGAAAAUACCCCAAGUGCUGGUCCUGGGGAGGUACUCGUAAUGCCGGCAGCUGGAAAACCAGGGGAAUCGGUGAUAUUUUUUUUUCCUUAGCAGCACAAUUGAAACAUAGAAACCCAUUUUUUUUUUUUUAGCAAGAAUGCUUGGAAGCCCUCCAAUCAAGAGUGAACAAAGGUUUGUCUGUCAGAGUCCCAGGAGCCCCCACAUCUGCUUUAGAGAACAGGAUGUGAGGAAGGGUAAAAAUGAGGCACAUCUGUGUGGCUGCCAUGGCUGGGGGAGCACCUGGGAGUUCUGGGUGCUGGGAGCUGCUCUCUGGGCUGGUUUGUUUUUGCUGGGCCCCGUGCUGUCAGGGCUUCUGAGCAGCGUGGGAGCCCGGCGUUGGGGCUGAUCAUCUGCGAGAGAUUCUGCACCCUAAAGGCUGAACCAAGUCCUUCUCCUUUGGAAGAUGGAAAAACUCUUUCAGUAAUUAAUUCUGGGAUGCUAUUUAGCUUGGUUUUUGUUUUUAUAGUCAUGAAAGUCUUGGAAUUCUCAAUUCCUUUCAGUAUUCAGUCAGAAUUUUGUAAGCAGGUGCCUUACACUUAUGCCUUUAGUUUGGUUAGCUGAUUUCUGGUUGAGCUGAUUUCGGUAAGGCAGAGUGCAUGAAACAGAAACAAGUUGUGCCUGAAACAGCUGUGAAUUCCUCUUGCUACAUGCAAUGAAAGCAGCUCAUCCUAGUACCCAGCAUCCCAGUACCAACCAACCAUAGCAGAGUGCAGUGCCUGAGUUGUGCAGAGCAUUGGCAAACAGGGAAUGUAAAAUUUGGACUUUGGUGGACAGAGUGCAAAAGGAAUUUUUUUUUUCCAGCCUUUUUCUCAUGGAUUAUUCACCAAUCUCCACUUUCGCCUAACAAUGCUGUUGGUUAGUGAAUUCAGUCAUCCAUCUCCAAAAAGUAGCAGUGCUUAAUUUGAUUAAAGCUUUCUUAUGCCCCUGUGAAUCCUGUCAGGAAGAUUUGUUGGGCAUCUGUUAUUGCUUAAUCUCUUUGGUUUUGUUGGCAAUGGGGUGCCGUUCAGGCUCUCACGUUUCUAGACAUCAGGAGUAGUGGUAAUAAAAGCGUGUUACAAAGUUCUGCCUUCAAGUUUCAUUUAAAUCAGCACCCAGCUAACUGCGUAUUAAUGCGUGCAGCGUUUUUAAUAUAGAAAUAAAGACCCUUGCUCAGAAUGUGUUUCGCAAUGUGUUUCAUGAUGUAGUCCUAAUUAAAAAAAAAAAGUGAUUGCAGCCAUCUGUGCUUCUGGGACAUUAAAUCUUGGGGGAAGGCUGCGAGAUGGGAAGGUGACAGCUGCAGUUGUAAUGAUAUGUUCUUGAAACUCGUAGCGCUGCCAAGCUCCUGGAGAAGAGCCCAUUCUCCGUCAGUGCCCCGAGCCCCCUGCUCCCCUCUCCGGCCAGCCUGCAGCUGGCCCAGCUCCAGGCGCAGCUCACACUGCACAGGCUGAAGUUGGCUCAGACCGCCGUCACCAACAACCCGGCUGCUGCCACAGUCCUCAACCAGGUGCUCUCCAAAGUGGCCAUGUCCCAGCCGCUCUUCAACCAGCUGCGGCACCCCUCUGUGAUGGGUGCUCCUCCGGGACAUGCUGCAGGUGGCCCUCCUCCAGGGCCUGGCAUCACUAGCACAAGAUUCUCCUCUGGCGGCAUUGCCUUUCCCGCACAGAAUGCGGGGGGCAGCCUGGGGCCCGUGCAGGCCCAGGCCCCCAACGCCAUCGUCAUGAGUCCCUUUGGAGGUGUCAUGGCUCCCACCUCCAGCCAGCAGCCUGUGGUCGUUGGACUCAACAAGGUGGGCCCCUCUGCCGCUGCCGCCGCUGGGGGCUUUUAUGAGUACAGCAAGCAAAAUGUCACCGCCCCACAGGCCUACACCUCAGAAGGGGAUCAGUCCGGCUUCCCUUCAGCAGUCGGGGCUCGCUAUGAGGGGCCCUUUGGCCCCGCUGGCCCGCUGAAGCAUGACACUCCAGCAGGGUUCCAGAAAGAUGCCUAUGGUGCAGCACCAGCCUUCCCCGGCGACCCACACACUGGUGCUCAUCCAAAAGGAGAUCCCAGCCCCAUCUUACAUGGCACAGGUACAAGCAACCAGUGGGAAAAUAUCCCGAAUUUCUCCAGCCAAAACAAGUCUGACCUCCUGCCCAGUGACAGCAUGUGGCCAUCAGCAAGCCAGCAGCCGUAUGAAAUAAGAAACGAGCUGUACAACCCUGAAGAACCGACACCUGACACAAAGUUUAGCACUGCCACUGCCCCAGCAUUCGGCAGGCUCAACAAUAGCAAGCAGAGCUUCGGCAGCCCUCGGCUGAGGCAGAAUGAGGAGCUGAGCGCCGGUGCGCCCGACCUGCCCAUGAGGUCACUGCAGCCCCACGAGCUGAACGACCUCCAUGGCGUGGCUCCCCUCCACUUCCCCCACGUCUGCUCCCUCUGCGACAAGAAGAUCUUUGAUCUAAAGGACUGGGAUCAGCACGUAAAGGGAACUCUUCACAUCCAAAAAUGUAUGGCUUUUUCAGAUAACACUGGUAUCCGGUGUGUGUUAAGUUCAACAGAUGGAACAUUGCAUAUAUCGCCAAAUAAUGCAGCAAUUUUCAGUCCAUCUAGUAUUGAAGAUUAUCCACCAAAUGUCGGCUCAUCUUUUAUCACUACGUCAGCAAGAUCCUUUGGCCAGCCAGGUGCUACAUUUCCUUCUCUUCCAUCAGGGGUAAGAUUUCCCCAGAGGAAAUCUACAUUGGGUCGAGUUGUUCACAUCUGCAACCUCCCCGAGGGAAGCUGCACAGAGAACGAUGUCAUUAACCUGGGCCUUCCGUUUGGGAAGGUCACCAACUAUAUCCUCAUGAAAUCCACUAAUCAGGCCUUUCUGGAAAUGGCUUACAGUGAAGCAGCACAAGCCAUGGUGCAGUACUACAAAGAAAAACCUGCUAUGAUAAACGAUGACAAGUUACUUAUUAGGAUGUCUAAAAGAUACAAGGAGUUGCAGCUGAAGAAACCAGGUAAGAACGUUGCUGCUAUCAUCCAGGACAUCCACUCACAGAGGGAGAGGGACCUGCUGCGUGAGGCAGACAGCAGGUAUGGCACAGAGAGGCCCCGCUCUCGCAGCCCCAUAAGCCGUUCCUUGUCGCCCCGAUCCCACACUCCCAGCUUUACUUCCUGCAGUUCACCCCGCAGCCCGAUGGGGACCAGCAGGACCGACUGGGGAAAUGGAAGAGAGUCGUGGGAUCAGUCCCCGUAUUCUCGACGGGAAGAAGAAAGAGAAAGCAGAGAAUGGCGAGAGAAUGGGGAUGAGAAGAGAGACAGGACUGACACGUGGGUACACGAGAGGAAACAUUAUUCCCGACAGCUAGACAAAUUUGACUUGGAUGAACGGAUUGAAGGAGGCAGAGGGCACAGAGAAAAAUAUGGAAGGAGUGGUUCUCCUGGCUCCCUCCACCCUUUGUCUGGCUACAAGAGCAGGGAAGAUGACUAUUACCGAAAAGCCUCUAAGUCAAAAUCUGACAAAUUUCAGAGGCAGGAGUUUUCUGGGCGAUCUAAGAGAAAGGAAGAGGCAAAGUUCAGGGAACACAGGCAUUCUUACAGCGAGGACGCUGCUAGGGAGGAGACGGCUGAACAGAAGCAUAACAAAGUCUCUGAGAGCUCCAGGCAGAAACAAAGCGAUAAGAAUAAAGUGAAGAAAGCUGAAAAAGACCAAGAAGAAGAUGCUGUUGCUGAAAGCAGUGAUGCGAAGGAAACCAAACCUCCUGAGAAUAAGCUUGGUAAAGAGGAGCAAGAUCCAGAGAAGAGCUCACCUUCAGCUGACAAACAAGGAGGAGAAUCUGGAGAGACGCUGGAAAACACAAGAAAUGAGAAGGACCAAGACUGGGAGAGUGGAAGUGAGAUAGAAGGCGAGACCUGGUAUCCUGCUAACAUGGAGGAAUUAGUGACAGUAGAUGAAGUGGGAGAAGAUGAUCUAAUUAUGGAGCCUGAUAUAACUGAGCUUGAAGAAAUUGUACCAGUUGAUCAAAAAAGUAAAGCUGCUACAGAAAUGUGUUCCUGUAUGACAACCAUGUUAGAACUGGAAAAUGAUCAUAGCCGCUUAACCAGGAAUGAAGAGAAACUUACCCAUAAACCUUUAGAAACAAACUACAGGUCAGCAAAGGGCAGUGUAGCUUCUAGCAUCUGUCAGGAUGACGAGGAGGAUGAUAAUGAGGAUGCUGUAACUGAAGCAUCAAGCCUAAAUCUGGACCCUGAGCAGAAGCCAGAGGAGUCGCAAGAAGACCGGUCUGCUAAGGAGCCUGAUCACCAGCAGAAGGAAGUAAAAAAUGAUAAAGGCUCUGACACUCAUUUAGAGCCUGAAGAUCAGCAUACACCUUCUGUUCAGCUAAAAGAAGAGGCUCUCCAGUUCCCUGAUGCAUUUAUAGAUGAUUACAAACAGAUGGGAUCACAAGGAGCUGAGAGCAGAGAAGUUAUGGAAAUGCUUGUAAAAAAUGUUAGUGAAGAAACGAGACAUGGAAGCCAAGAGUGUCCAGAGGCAAAUUCUAGGUACCUGGAAAUGAGAUCUCUCGAAUACCCAGAAGUAGAGUCUAGGAGGAGGAACUCUCCGGCAGGCUGGGAACAAGAAGACGUCUUCACCGAGCUCAGCAUUCCCCUGGGUGUGGAAUUCGUGGUGCCUAGAACUGGGUUUUACUGCAAGCUCUGUGGACUUUUCUACACAAAUGAAGAGACGGCAAAGACAAAUCACUGCAGAAGUACUGUCCACUACAAAAAUCUUCAGAAGUAUCUGUCCCAGCUUGCAGAAGAGAGCCUGAAAAUGAAGGAAGAAGACAGCCACCUGCUUCAGGAUGACACUGGAAUUGUUCCUCACUUUACAAAGAAAAAAAUAUGAUGCGGAUGAGCUGAAAGAGCCAUAAUGAGUGAAUGCUGAUAUAUUUUUUAAUUUUAUUUUCUCUGAUAUAACUGUCAAUUUGCACUGUACAGAGGAGGGGAAAUAAAGAGCAUCUUCCAUGCACCUAUGCCCAGAGUGCCAUUAAAAACCAAAAUGCCUGAAACUGUUUCCCACGGUGAAGCAAAGCUGGCAUAUCUGUACCAAGUGGAGCAAUUCUUUCUCACACUCUGCACGUUGGGAGUGGUUUCCUAGAUUAAAUCAGAAUUCUCAGGGAUUCUUCAGGUUUUAAUUCUGAUGUGACACAUCAGGUCAGGAGGAGUAUUUAGAAGCACUCAGCAUCCUCCAGUGGACGCUGGAAGGAAAGGAGAUGUGACUAUAAAUAGGCUUUAAUGUUGCUUAAAGUGUCUGCAGUCAUUUUGCUCAUUACCCCAGUGAGUAGGAUUAGUGAGUAGGAUUUGCAUAGGACAUCUAAAGCCAUUGUGCUAAAACUAAUCUGUAGAUGGCAUCGUGUAAACCCCAUCAGCAUCCAUCUCCAUGCGUCUUAGAGCUGGGUGAAAUGAUAGAUAUUUGUGUUGUUAAGCACUGACUGUGUUGUAUGAAUGCAGAGGGAGCCGCAGUCUCUGCCCAGGGACCUUAUAGCCUGAGCCCAGCACAGCGAGAGCAAUUCAAACACACGUGCUGGCAGCUCUGGAUUUCAGCAUUUCCUAUGGCGUGAUCAGGGUGUUCUCCACAUGCUGUUGUGUUUGAAACUCUUCUCUUUGACGAAUCUAAAGAGUGCCAACUUUAAGUCUUACAGACUUGAAACUCUCAUGGGAGGCUUUUUAAAGUGCCAUGUGUUUGGACCAUGUUGCUUUUAGACAUUUUCCUUGAGACUCCUGCUUUUGGAGUCUUCCUGUUUUCUUUUCAGAGCUGCUUUUCCUUGGCUUGGAGAUGUUGAAUUUUCUUGGUUUUCAUGGAAAGAUGCCAGACUUUUAAUAUUGUUUUUGUGUUUUAUUUCCCUGAUUUUUUUUAAGGUGAAUGUCACAACUCAUGGCUCGCAGCGCUGCACUGAGAACACAGGAUGCACCAGCAGCUCUGGCAUUAUUACGAGCUAUUGUUUCUGUGCAGUUGUUACUUAGCAUUUUGCACAGUCCCUUUGAAAUGCACUGCACAAGUUUCUGGUUCAUCUCAAUGGGGCUUUGUGUUGUAUAGUGAAUGUGUAUGCAAACCAUUGCCAGAAUUGAUCCCAGAGUUUUGCUUUUAUGAAGUGCACCAUGCAAUCUAGGCAGAUGGGGAUUUGCAGACAUGUUUCUGUUCUUUGCCUGGCUCUCAUACUCAUCAGAGUAUGGUCAGUAAAAAUUGCUGGUGCAAGGUGUCCUGCUUAGAUGUCGUGCAGAGGAAAUAGUUUCCCAGAAGGUUCCCGUCAUCCCUAAGGAUGGCAUGGACAUUGCAAACUAUUUCAGAGUGGCUAAAAUGCCAAAACCACUUCCACCAAAGUAUUCGUUCCAUUAUUUCUUGUGCCAGCAGUCAUGCUUGUUCUCUGCAGUAUCCUGUGGCCAGGCAGCGUGUCUUAGAGGUGUCUGGCGUUGUUGCCUGAAGCCCUCUUCCAUUUCAUGGCCUGUGCUUUCCACUCAUUUUUACCAGAGGUGGGUUCAGAUUUCAUAUUUGGAAUUCCUGUUACUCACAAGUUGAGAGAUUCUUUGCAUCCCAGAUUCAGAUGUGGCCUAUCCAAAAGACAAGGGGAAAUGAAAAACAUUGCAGCAUAAAUCCUUCUUUAUCCAUACUUGAAGUGUUUUUAAGAUUCGGGUCCAUCUGUCAUCUAAAACAGCUUUUGUUUUUCUCAAAGUUAAAAAAAAAAAGAAAAGAAAAAAAAUUGCAAAGAUUUUUUUCCUUCAAAGGUUGGGCUUUCCUUUGGCUGUUUGUUUUUCACAUAGCAGUGAAAUUUGAGCACAGAGCUGUUAGGGCAAGAGCUUAUAUUGCAAGCUAUAAGAUUACAAAAAUGGCAGCAGAGAUUGUGCAACCAUCUUCUAAGGCACAGCUCUCAAGCUGGUCAUGUAUCAUCUGAAUGUGAAGCUCCCCUCAUGCCCUUCAGCACAGUCUGGGCACGAGGGAAGGAAGUCACUCCAAAUGCAAGCAUUAGAUUUUUUGAAGCUAACCCCGCUAUCAAACUGGGGCUCUCACUGCCCUAAUGGCAGCUUGUUAGACCAUGUGGUUAAGUGUAAUGGGAUGUGAGACAUAGCUGACUCUAUAUCAAAGUCAGAUGCCUCCAGCAACUUUAUACCCAGGUAACCUCAAAUGAGAAAAGUAUCGCUGUUAUUAUUCUUUAUUUGUAUUGCAGCAGAAGCUACAGGUCCACUGCCUUUAUUACAGGCACAACACAAAUCCACAACAAAGACUUUCCCAGGCCAAGGAGCUUUAAACCCCACUUUCAGAAAACAGACAACAGGUGGAUGCAGGCAGGCAGGGAAAACAAUAGGCAACCAUGAGACUUUGACUGGCAGCAGCAGAACUGCUAAAAUGAGUGUUUGCCCAGGAGGUUAAUUUUCACCCCUCCUCAAAUUCUUAAUCAGGAUCACUCCCAUUAUUCAUAGCUUGCAUAUUUAACCUUCUUUUUCCCUGUCUGGUUGCAUUAGAUAUGCAGAAUUCCUUCUUGACAGAGUGGACCUCAGUAUCCUUCAGUCCUUGAUCGAGAUGUGCUCACUUAAGUUUUGGUCUCCAUCCAAGGCUCUGGGAGAAGGAGUUCUGACCAGGGAUCACAGGGGCCUGUCGUGGCUCCAGGUCCUUUGUUUGGGCCAGGACCCAGGCCACUAUUUUGCAGCUGAAGGAAGUAGAAGGAGGACGCUGUGUGUGGCAUCUCUACCCUACUUAGUUUCCUCUUUUGGGGAUGUCUCAAGUGAGAGAUGCAGGAGCCGUGCCCAACCCUACAGAUGUGACCUAACCAGACAUCUGUAGAGAUGGUUUGGUGGCCCCAUUCCUCUGAGCUUUGUCUUGACACAGCAGCAAUCUGUAACAUCUUAGGUACAGCCAAAGGGACAGUUUUCCUUCUGAGGAGGUCCCUUCUCACCCUAGAACUCAAUACUUUAAAGCAAUCUCAAGUCUCAACUAACGCCUGCCAAUCCCCUACAAUCAGUUUUCAGCCUGAUUCACUUUGAGAUCUCAGAGAUAAUCUCCUUCCUUCCCCAACAGGCCAUCAUGCAAUGCUGACAGGCACUCAGCUCCUCGAUUUCUACUACCUAUUCUGCUGAGAAAGAGGCCACUGUAGGCAGUUGCUUGCCUUUCUCAGCUUAUGUAAAAACGUGUUGUUUCUUUUGGUUUGUUAUAUUUUAAAUCUUUACUUUUUUUUGUUGGCAGAAUUCAUCAUCACUAUAAUCCACGCUGUUUAUUAAUACAUAUAUAUUUAUAUAUACAUUUUAUAUAUAUAGCACAAAGCAGGCUCAGGUCUAGCCAAAAAUAUAUUGAUAUUUAAAAUAAUAAUAAUAAUAAAAAAGAGCUUCCUUAAUAUAUACAAACCAUUUCAACACAUCUUAACCAAAGACUGCACUUUUUGAAUAGGGACUGUGCUUCUCAUCUUCGUGAAAUCUGUAUUAAUCUCAAAUAGUCUUUAAUGUCAAUCUGUAACUUACUUCCCUUGAAGUAUAAAAUAAAACAAUUAAAUAUUUGCCCCAUAAGAUUAGACAAAGUUUCACAUUGGCUUUAACACUAAAUUAGUGUUAGGCUGGUUACAUUCAGGGUUUUUCUAUUCUCUAAGGAUUAAGGCUGUGAUUUGUUGAAUUAUACUUGAACUGGACCAGAUGUAUUAUUUAUUGAGCUUAUAUAAUCUUGUUAAUUUAAGUUUUGGCUUGUAAACAGUUGGAAUUUGUUAGUACUUGUUUAAUUAUGUAGGAACUGUCAUCAAUAUUAACUGAUCUGUGUAACUGAUUGCAAUUUGUGUUUCCUAAAAAGAAAGAUUUUAAUAAAGAGAAUUAAAAAGCGUAA